UUCCUCCUAGAGCUGUUUCAGUAAUGCAUAUUAAAAUCAGAAAUCCGGAAUUAAAAGUAGGAUAUGUUCCGCGAUUAAAUGUAACAGAAGGAAUUUAUUUAGGAGACGCUUUAGUCUCAGUUAAAGAUAAUAAGGCAUACUUACGAGUUAUUAAUACAAAUGAAGAAGAAGAAAAAGUUUAUAUUCCUGAAGUUAAAAUAUAUGAGUUUGAAAUCGAUCAAAUUCCUAAUUCAGAUACAAACUCGAAUUACUUAGGUAAUUCAAAUCCAAAAUCAAAUUCAAACUCUGAUACAAACUCGAAUUACUUAGGUAAUUCAAAUUCAAAAUCGAAUUCUAAUUUUAAACCUUGUCUUAAUAUUAAAUCAGAAAACAGAAAGGAGAAAAUAAUUAAUGCGCUAAGACUAGAACAUUUAAAUUCAGAAGAGAGAGAACAUGUUGAAGAUUUAAUAGAAAAGUACGCAGAUCGUUUCCAUUUACCUGAAGAAAAACUUGAACAUACAAAUGUCUUAAAACACAGAAUUCCAACAAUUAAUGACAUUCCAAUUAAUACGCGACAAUAUAGAUAUCCAGUUGUUCAUAAAGAUGAAAUUAAUAAACAAGUUAAUGACUUACUGGAACAAAAUAUAAUUAAGCCAUCGAAGUCACCGUAUAAUACGCCUGUAUGGAUAGUGCCCAAGAAGGCAGACUCAAAGGGAAAUAAGAGAUGGAGAAUGGUAUUAGAUUUCCGUGACCUAAAUGAUAAGACAGUAGGUGACGCAUACCCACUACCAAACGUAACGGAGAUAUUAGAUCAGCUGGGAGGCGCGAAAUAUUUUUCGGUAUUUGACCUUGCAUCAGGUUUUCAUCAGAUUAAAAUGCAUCCGGAAGAUAGUCAUAAAACAGCAUUUACAACUCCCCAUGGUCAUUACGAAUUUGAUAGAAUGCCUUUUGGACUUAAAAAUGCUCCUGCAACUUUUCAAAGAUUAAUGGAUUUAGUUUUAACAGGAAUUCAGGGAAAUGAAAUGUUUGUAUAUCUAGACGAUAUAAUAUUAUAUUCAAGUUCAUUAACAGAACAUGCAAUUAAAUUUGAAAAAUUAAUGUCUCGAUUACGUGAAGCAAAUUUAAAAUUACAACCAGAUAAAUGUGAAUUUUUGAGAAAGGAAGUAAUUUAUUUAGGACAUGUAAUAGGAAAAAAUGGAGUCCGACCAGAUCCUAAAAAGAUAGAAGCAGUGCAAAAUUUUCCAAUUCCUAAAACUCCAAAAAAUGUUAAACAAUUUCUGGGUUUAGCGGGAUACUAUCGUAGAUUUAUCAAAGGAUUUUCAAAAAUAGCCAAACCUUUAACUAAUUUAUUAAAAAAGGAUUCUGCUUUUAUUUGGGGAGAAAAAGAAAAAGAAAGUUUUGAUAUACUAAGAAAUGCACUUUGUCAGGAACCAAUAUUACAAUAUCCAGAUUUUACAAAACCGUUUCUUUUAACAACCGAUGCAUCCGGAACUGCAAUCGGAGCAAUUUUAAGUCAAGGACAGAUAGGGAAGGAUCAACCAAUUAGUUUUGCCUCGCAAGUAUUAAAUGACGCCGAAAAAAAUUAUUCAACAAUAGAAAAGGAACUUUUAGCAAUAGUAUACGUUGUGCAACAUUUUAGACCUUAUCUUUAUGGAAAAAAAUUUCAAUUAGUAACAGAUCAUAAACCGUUAAUUUGGAUUAAUAAAAUUAAAGACCCAACCUCACGUUUAGCAAGAUGGAGAAUAAAAUUGGCAGAAUACGAUUAUGAAAUAAUUUAUAAGCCUGGAAAGAUAAAUGAAAAUGCUGACGCUUUAUCUAGAAACCCCACGACAAAAAUAUAUCCAAUAAAUCCUUUUUAUGACUUAAUAGAAGAAUGUCCAGAAGCAAGACAAAGAAAUGCAAAUCCUAAACCUUUACCAGCUUCACCAAGAAGGGGAAUUAUGAUAGAAGAACCGGAACCAAUUGUUUCAAGAAUGCAAACCAGGAAAUUUGAAAAAUCACAAAGAGAAAGUGUACCUUUUACUCGCAGGGAGUUAGAAGAGCCAUCUUCGAUUGAACACACAAUUCAAGCACAAAUACAUAAUUAUCCAACAAAUCAAACAAACAACACCUUAUCAAUCACAGAAACAAAUAACACUCAUUCAGAAACAAAUAAUACUCAUUCGGAAACAGAAAAUAUUGAAAACGAAAUUCAGGAAACACUUGAAACAGAAACAAUACCUUUAAGAAACUGUAGCAACAAUAAUUUUAACACUUCACAAAUAAUAAUACCACCUAAUCUUUUACAAAUAAUAAACAAUUUAACAGGAGACGAGGAUGAAAAAAUUGAGAGCGGUGAAAUAAACGAAAGAGAAGAAGAAAGAAUAGAAGAAGAUAAUAACGACGAAGUAAGUGACCGUGACGAAGACAGUGACGAUGACCUUAGUGAUAAAGACAUUGAUGAAACAUAUAAUGAAAUCAAUUUGGACAAAGGGACAGAUAAUAUUGAAAGACAAAUAAUAACGCGUGGACAAAGACAUAGUAUAAUAAACAGUCGUGAUCAAAUUUAUAUGAGAAAAGAAAAUUAUUUAUACUUUUUAACCGCGGAUGGAAAACCUUGUGAUGAGGGCUCGAAACAACUUCAAAAACAAAAUUUAAUCCCUAAAAUAAAAGAAAAGGAAGUAGGAGAUUUUGAAAUUUUUAAAAAGGGAAAUAAAAAAUGGGAUGAAUUACUGGAAUAUGCAACAUUUUCAUAUAAUACAAGUACUCAUGAAUCGACUGGAUAUACUCCUUAUGAGUUGGUAUUUGGCAAAAUAGCCAGACAACCAUCCAGCCUGAACAUGAAGAUAAUAAUUUGGUUAACAAUCAUUUGGAUUUGCAACAUUCAAGGAGCCAAAGGAAUUAUUGGAUAUGACUGCGCAACAACCAACCUUAAUGUGACAACAAUUUCAUUAUUGGAUAUAGAAGAUUGUGAAAUUCCUGUAAUCAAACCUCAUGCAGAAUAUAUUUUAGAAACUACUUUAGAUCAAUGUAAAGGAAUGCAUAACACAGGAACACUUGUAAUAAACGUAAAUCAUAUUAUUAAUGGAUUAAGAGUAAAUCAAACAACUUCACGACCAAUAACUUUCGCGGGAUCCGUAAAUUCAAACGGACUAUGUUAUGGAACACAGUAUUCAGAUCCUUAUGGAACUUGGCAAAAUGUAGUCGUACAAGGAAUAAUAACAAUUACUUUAAAUUCUUAUCAGGCAUCAGUAAAUAUUGAAGCAAAUAAAAUUCAUUUAAAGUCGGGAAAAAUUUGUCAAUAUUCGGAUGGAAAUUGCAUAGAUAUUGAAGGAACUCAGAUUACUUGCAAUAGAGUAAUCCCAGCAACAUAUUAUCUAAAUGAUGGAUGGUAUCAAAUAACUCCAGCAAUAGAAUUCAGCAAGACACCACAAACUUUAAAACCAAUGUCAAAACCAACAUGGCAAUAUAAUGAUCCAGGAGCUCUAGCAGUGAGCGGCAUUUAUACUAAUAAUGAACUUGAAAAUUUGAGAGAUCACAUUAUGUUUUCGGCAGAAAAGAACAGUAUAUUAAAUACAAUGGCACGCGGCGUAAAAGGAGAACCAACGUUAUCUCAAGGAAUAUCACUAUCGCACCUUUUGGACGAAAAUUCUUUAGAAAAAAUAACAAAAAGUACAUGGAAGAAAAUCUGGGGAACAUUUUUGUCAGUCGGAAACGCGAGCGCAGGAGUAAUUGGAAUAUACUUCUUUAUCAGAACAGUUAAACUUAUCAUAGACACUAUCAUUCAUGGAUAUGCAUUACAUACAAUCUAUGGAUGGUCAAUUCAUCUUAUUGGAGCAUUAUGGGACUCAGUGACAAAUUUAUUAUUACAUCUGGCCAAAAUAGGAAAUGAAGAAAAAUCAAGAGAAGGGGAAUGA